CUACUGCAGCAACAUUGAUAGUAACAACCAACAAAAAGUAAAGCUAUUGAAAUUUCUCGCUCUUGAUUGCUAAUUUAACAAAUCUCGAUUUUGCGAAAAAUCCAAAAAAUCCUUUGCAAAAAAGUCGGAAAGAAAAAAGAAACUGAAAUGGCAGAUAAGAGCAAAACGCGUAUGAAUUUAGCGGCCAUUAAAAAGGUUGAUCCUUACGCAAAAGACAUAGUUGAUACAUCAUCACAUGUGGCAUUCUAUAUAUUCAAUUCGGAGCAAAACGAAUGGGAGAAAACGGACGUAGAGGGUGCCUUUUUUAUUUACAGCCGCAAUGCGCAACCCUUUCACAGUAUUUUCAUAAAUAAUCGUCUUAAUACAACUUCUUUUGUAGAACCAAUCACCAAUCACUUGGAAUUGCAGGCGCAAGCACCUUUUCUUUUGUAUCGCAAUGAAAGAUCACGCAUACGAGGUUUCUGGUUUUAUAAUAGUCUUGAAUGCGAACGCAUCAGUAAACUGGUAAGUGAAUUGGUUCAAAGUGCUGCGACAACGAGCAUCGAAAAUAAUAGGGAGAAUGCGGUAGAUGGAACUCAAGCCAAAGAAGAUAAUUAUAACUUGAGUAUAUUCAAGAUGCUAUCGGAUGCCCAACAAAUUUUUAACAUUACACAACAAGCAAAUUCUGCAUCGGCUAAUAAUAAUGUCAAUAAUCAUCAGCCGGUGCAGCAGCAGCCUCAACAACAAGCCCAGCAUACCCAACCAGCAGCUCCACAAAAUAUAGCAUCGGGCAAUGUUUUGAAAUUUUUUGCUGCAGCCAAACCAACAGCAGAUAUAUCCUAUACGCCACGGAUUUUACCGAAUACUCUAUCAGUAGAACAAGUGGAAAAACAACAACGUGAUAUAGCACCCGGGCCGCAAACAACGGCACUCAUAGACGAUGGAAAUGCCCUAUACCACACGCCACAACAAGUGCCACUGCAGCAAGAAGGGACAACAAGCAACGGAACAACCAGAUUGUCUUGUUCACUAUUAGAAAGUGUCGCUAUGGACAAUUCUAAUCCAAUGUUUGUGAAAAAAUUGCCUCGACAAUGCAGUAGUGGAGCAUUGGAUAUAAAACCCUUGACAGCUGCUACAAAUAAGGGGCCUGACUUCGGUUUCGCUAAGGCCUUACAAGCAGCGACAUGUUCACCAAGUACUCUACCUGGAGAGCAAAUAGCACUUAGCAAAAUAUUCUCUAAUCUAAAUUUGCAACAACAUGCUGCUCCAAUUUUGUCAGAGGCAACUAAUAAGCCGGCUCUUAUGCCCCCUACUAUGUUCGACAAAGCACCAGCAACUGCACAAGAGGACACCAUUCAUCACUUACCAGUGAACAAACAAGAGCCACUUAACAAAUACCAAUUUGUUCAGGCUUUCAAUUACUUGAUACAAAACGACGAGGAAUUCGUACAAAAAUUGCACGAUGCUUACCUAAAGACGUUAACCAAAUUUGGCACAUAUCAAUAAAAACGAUGGCCGACUUAGACGAAAACGAAGAUGGGAUAACCCAUUCAUCAUGCAAACACAAUAAUUCCACUACAAAUAUGAAUAGAGGCCUCUUU